AAAACACACAAAAUGGCGGCGGCUGCGAAAGACAUCGCGACACGACGAGCCGUGGCGGCGACCAUCAAGCUAACAGUCCCAGCGGGAGGAGCAAGACCAGCACCACCCGUGGGCCCGGCGCUAGGUCAGUACCGUCUGAACCUGAUGGCGUUCUGCAAGGACUUCAACGCGCGGACGCAAAAGUACAAACCGGAGACUCCGAUGGCCGUGAAGAUAACGGCGUACAAGGACAACUCGUUCGAGUUCACGGUGAAGUCUCCGUCGGUGUCGUGGUACGUGAAGAAGGCGGCGGGGGUGGAGAAAGGGAGCACGAGGCCGGGGCACUUGACGGUGACGACGUUGUCGGUGAGGCAUGUUUAUGAGAUAGCGAAGGUGAAGCAGAGUGAUCCGUUUUGUGGGUAUAUGCCGUUGGAGAGUAUUUGUAAGUCGAUUGUUGGGACUGCUAACUCUAUGGGGAUUAAGAUUGUUCAGGAUUUGGAGUGAAAGAGUGUUUUUUUAUUCGAAAAUGUUUUUUUUUUUAAUAAGCAUGAAUGUUGAAUUGCUCUGUUUUCUGUGUUUUCAUACUCUGUUUCAAUGGAUGGUGGAGCUUCAAGGCAUUGCAAUUAUCAUUACGAAUCUAAGUAGAGAUUAUGUUUUGUUGUGGAAUGUUGUCUCUUUUGAUCGUCGAGCUUCAAAGUUGGUUCCUUUAGAUUAACAGGCAACACUCUGUUUUUGUUUUCUCUAAUAAGCAUGAAUGUGAGGUUGCUCUGUUUACUCUGUUUUUUCUUACUUUGUUUCAAUGGAUGAUGGUCGAGUUUCA